AUGCUCAAUGACACGUACCUCAAUGUCCGCCAGUCCCUGCGCGUCCCAUUUGCAAAGGUGGCUCCCUCCCCAUUUGAAAUCUCAUUGUCCCUCUUGGGUGUGAGAGCUGCUGUUAAAUGGGCCCACGAAAACAUCGGGCGGUUUGGAGGCGAUGCAGACAACAUUAUGCUCUGGAGACAAUCACAAGGCGCCAUCUUAUCUCAUUUAUAUAUUCUUGCAUUCCCCGAGACACCGCUAGCCGCCAAGUUUGGUGUAAUUCCACUGGGAGCCUCAGCCACACUGGACCUCGAGACUGCCGGUGAUGUCUAUCAAGACUUCAACAUUGUUGCUUAA